CGCCGUGGGAUACAAAUGUUUACUGACAGCGUUAACAUGGCUGCUUUCCUACUGAAGGUUCAGAGCUGGCAGCGAGUAAGGGCAGUGCUGCAACAGAAAUGGCUAUGGACCAACGGGCCAGUGAGAUGUUCAUCUCAAGGGCGGAUCGAGAAAGUCCUUAUUGCAAACCGAGGGGAGAUUGCAUGCCGUGUGAUGCGAACGGCUAAGAAAAUGGGUGUUCGUUCAGUGGCCGUCUACAGUGAUGCAGACAGGCACUCCAUGCACGUCGCAAUGGCAGAUGAAGCUUAUCACAUUGGACCUGCUUCGUCCCAGCAGAGCUACCUGUCCAUGGAAAAGAUAAUGAGAGUCGCCAAAGCAUCAAGUGCACAGGCUAUCCACCCAGGAUAUGGAUUUCUGUCUGAAAACACUGAAUUCGCAGAACUGUGUAAACAAGAAGGAAUAAUUUUUAUUGGCCCUCCGUCUUCAGCCAUUCGAGACAUGGGUAUAAAAAGUACAUCAAAACACAUCAUGGCAGCUGCAGGCGUUCCUAUAAUUGAAGGUUACCAUGGCGAUGACCAGUCAGACCGGAAACUGAAGGAAGAGGCUGGAAGGAUUGGUUUUCCUGUGAUGAUCAAAGCAGUGCGGGGUGGUGGUGGCAAGGGAAUGCGUAUCGCUGGAUCAGAGGCAGAGUUCCACGAUAAGCUAGAAUCCGCCCGCAGGGAAGCACGCAAGUCUUUUAACGAUGAAGUCAUGCUGGUGGAAAAGUUUGUAGAAAACCCCAGACAUGUGGAAGUGCAGGUGUUUGGGGACCAGCACGGUAAUGCUGUCUACCUGUUUGAAAGAGACUGCAGUGUGCAAAGGAGACAUCAGAAAAUCAUUGAGGAGGCUCCUGGGCCUGGAAUCAGUCCGGAGGUUCGUCAGAAGCUGGGUGAGGCUGCGGUCCGAGCUGCUAAAGCUGUCAAUUAUGUGGGCGCUGGUACAGUGGAAUUCAUCAUGGAUUGUCAGCACAACUUCUACUUCAUGGAGAUGAACACCCGCCUGCAGGUGGAACACCCCGUGUCUGAGAUGAUCACAGGAACAGACCUUGUGGAGUGGCAGCUGAGGGUUGCUGCAGGAGAAAAACUCCCAUUGAUGCAAGAGGAAGUGGAGCUGAAGGGUCAUUCAUUUGAGGCUAGAAUUUACGCCGAAGAUCCCAGCAAUGAUUUCCUACCUGGAGCUGGGCCGCUGCUCCAUCUGUCUACUCCAAGAGGGGACGAUUUCAUUCGGAUUGAGACUGGAGUAAGACAAGGUGAUGAGGUGUCUGUACACUAUGACCCAAUGAUUGCUAAGUUAGUGGUCUGGGGAGAGGAUCGCUCUGCAGCUUUGAAAAAGCUGAGAUACUGUCUGCGCCAAUACAAUAUUGUAGGCCUCAGCACCAACAUUGAUUUUCUGCUGAGUCUGUCUAGGCACCCAGAGUUUGAGGCUGGCAAUGUGCACACCAGCUUCAUCCCUCAGCAUUACACUGAGCUCUUUCCAGCCCCCAAGACCACAUCUAAGGAAGCGUUGUGUCAGGCUGCUUUGGGGCUGAUACUGAGGGAGAAAACCAUGACAAGUAACUUCAUCACACAUUCAGACGACCGAUACUCUCCAUUCGCUUUAAGUAACGGAAGGAGGGUAAACAUUUUAUACACCCGAAACCUGACACUGCUGGAUGGAGAAAAUAAGAUUGAAGUAGCUGUUUGCUACAGUCAAGAUGGGACUUACAGAAUGGAGAUUGACGGAGAGGUGUUCCAGGUAUCUGGUGAUUUGAUCCAUGAAGACCAAGCUUCAUACCUGAGAUGCUCAAUAAACGGAGUUGCGUCCAAGCCUAAGCUGGUCAUCCUGGAUAACGCUGUCCACUUGUUUUCCAUGGAGGGCCAUGCUGAGGUGGCUUUACCUGUGCCCAAGUUCUUGGCUGGUGUUAGUACCACCGCAGCACAGGGUGGGACCGUGGCACCCAUGACAGGAACCAUUGAAAAGGUAUUCGUGAAGGCAGGUGAUAAAGUACAGAUUGGAGAUCCCUUAAUGAUCAUGCUAGCAAUGAAGAUGGAGCAUACUAUCCGGGCACCGAAAGCUGGAGUCAUCAAGAGAGUUUUCUUCAAAGAAGGUUCUCAGGCCAACAGGCAUUCACCUCUAGUUGAACUGGAGGAAGAGCAAGCCAGCUCUGAAUGAGCUAUUGUGUGUAGACUCAGAGGUUUUAAAGCUGCAUUAAUGGGUAAUGGGGGUGGAAUAUGUAAUAAUAUAGUAAUGGUGACUAGUGUUUUGAAUCCAAAUGGACAACUUGGACCUUUUCGAAAAUAAUGGAAUCCACUUUGGAUGAAAAAAUGCCUUGUACAGACUUAUAAUUGCUUGAAAAAACUAAAACUAAAUAUUUAUAUUUAUUAUUCUGUGUCAGAUAUAUUUAUGAUGGAGUUUCCAUAUGCAGCAGGACCUAAUUUGAUAUUACAGUAUCUAAUAAUGCCAGUAUAGUAGAUAUGAACCUAUAUUUCUAUAUUCAAAAUAUAUUCAAAUCACAGUA